AUGGGAUGUGGGUGGAUCUUGUAGGAAAUAAAUGGAUAAACCUUAGCAUAAGCUACGAUAUCUGACUGAAGCUCAUGUUUAUUUGGGUUAUCUUAGUAGUGUCCUUUUGUAAUUUUCUAUUUCGAUCCUCUGAGAUGUGGCAUUUACAGGCUGUGUGUUUUAAUGAAAUCCUAGCCUAGGCUUUUAUAUAUUUUUAGAUUGUCUAUAAUUUUACACUAAAACGUUCAACUUUUUUUUUUUUUUUUUUUUUUUCUUUUAAACAUCUGUAAGCUUAGAAUAAAUGGGACGUUUGGGACAAUGUAGAACAGCUAAAUUUAAGGCGUACCUUUUACUGUGUGAGUGAAAAGUACUUGUGAUGCUGUCUGGAUGCCCGGUCAUCUUGCAUCCUUGGUGUUCUGCUCCAGGAGUACUCACAGUAUUGUUUAUUACUCUGUCCCAUUCAGUAUCAGAACAAAUCACUGUAAAUAAUUGCUCCACCUGCAGUAUAUAUAUAUAUGUAGUUAAUAUAUUACUACAGUGUUUCACAGGGACUUCAACUCUCUCGUUGUCUGCUGGGCCUAUAAUGUUUUUUUUUUUUUCUUUAUUUUAAGACAUUUGUUAUGUUUUUAACGAUAAACAGUUUUGUUCGACAGUAUUUUUAGCGUUCGUUGAGCUGCGGCUUCCGUCUGCAGAAUCGCACAACGCAAAACAGAUGGCGCACUCAUUGAAGUCGCCCCACACCAUUAAGAAUUCUUAAGAAAUUCCAGGAAUCCUGACCCCGGUUUUGCAUCCCAGCUCGACGGCCAAGCUGAUCGGAAUACCGCGACUGACUCCCUGCCGGUUCUUCGUCUGCGGAUGCACGUGGGGUAUAUGCUGCCCGAAUUUUUGACCGGUCAGAAGUGCCACCGCACUCCUGUGUCAUUGCUGAAGAGCGUUGAGUGUGUGAAGUCUGUUUUUCUGCAGCUUGUACAGUAGGGACCACUACAAUCUGAAGUGUCUUCUGAGUACUGUAGUCACAUUAGCUCUGUCUGGGUCUUUCGCUUGGAUAUGUAUCCACUAUCCUGUUUACCAAAUUGCUGAUCACUUUCAGUAGCUGACAGUUUCCAUGGGCUACGGGAGCUAAACCCACCAGGAGGGGAAAAUCAAAUAUUUGCUCAGAAUUUAAUCUUUGUCAGUCUGUCAUUCUGCAUUUUUUUUUCUUUGCUCUUUCGUCAUUGAAAGUGCUCUUGUGUGGUGAGAUGGCGAUCGAGAGGCCUGCGUUGUCGGGUCUGUUCAAAGUGUAGCAAAAUCAGUCUAUCGCCAAACGGAAUAUAUGAAUCGCAGAUGUACACACAGUGGUAGCCAAAACACAAGAUGAAGACAAUAAAGGACAUUUCAAAUCGAAUCCGAGUGUGCACUUCUCUUGAAAUGACAUUGCAUUUUCUAACAGAUGAAAUACGUCUCAUUUUAAAAUACAGUGUAACUUGCAUUUGCUUUUUGGUUAAUUUUUUUUUCUUCUGUAUAUCCAGGCAUUUUUUUUUUUUUUUUUAAAUUUUGAACAGCUGUUUGUGCUAUUGAGAGGUAAAUUGUACAUUGUCUGUUUUCUCCGUUUAAUGACUUGAUACAAUGUGGCAAAGGAAUGAUACCAAGAAUGAUCAAACAUUUCACAGCUGAAAAUAAUUUAUAAUAAACAGAGAAAAAUAUUUUUCCUGCAUCAUUGUUCCAUAUUAAGUGAAUGACGUGCACUACCAACUGUUUGAGAAUUAUGGGAUUAAUUGGAUAAUAUGCUUUAAAAAUGAUUGGGCUUUGAAACGUGAUUAUAUACUAGGAAUUGCAUUCUCUACAGGGUCAGAAUAUUUCUUCAUGUCCGUGACCAAAUGUGCCUCAAAAGAUUAUGAUGUGACCUUUGAUACAAACGCAGCUUAAAUGUCUUUCUGAGAGAUUUAAUUAUUUAUCUUUCCAUUUAUGUUCUUGCUUACGGUGAUUUAACCGAGCCGUUGUCUGGCACAGGAGAAGCCGGGAAGGACAAAGAUCAUAAAAUAGCACAUGGUUAUCUCUGUGCCCCCUUGGGCUGUAUAAAUGUUUUUAGCGUUCUGGGCUGACUCUGCGUGUGUUCUGCUGGAUGUAUUAAUUUUAUCUGGAGAAGUGUGUUGGAACUUGCUGCUAGUAGCGAGAACGCUUUCCGUCGUUAAGGUAUGGGUUGUGUUUUACGUAUUUCUGGCUGUUAUCGCCGACUGUCAAUGGAGCAUGAGCAAAGUGUCGGAUGUGCCUCAUAAGAAGCGACACAAGAUCGCGUCUUAAACUUUGUGAUGUCGGAGAAGCAAACCAAGCACUUGUUAGUUCUGUAUCGAGCUGCUCUUUUUGUUUACAGAGUGAAAUCAGGACUAAAAAUGCUCUUAUUUCCAUAUUGCUCUUAUAGCUGACAUGCGGUCAAACCAUGGUUGGGGAAAGGAAUUUGGGAAGGAUCCUGUGUUGUUUUUGGGGGGAGGGAAGCGGCUCUGAGCUUCAGGUGGGAGUCUGGGUGCUUUGUUCCUUUAGGGUCAUGGGUCGUAAGAAAGCAUGCAGUCGUCUGACCUCUGUGGAAGUGCUGCUCAUCUGCCUCUUCGUACUAAUGACUGGGGUCUCUGUCAGCCUCGUCGUCGUUUUGGCUGUGAAACUGACCUCCGACACACCUGUGGAAGACUUGAAGCCUAUUCCUACGCCCACCUGGAAGCCUAUUGAGAAUUCGUUUGUCAUCGGUGUUGGCAGAGCAGAUUGUACGGGACCCGUUGGGGAGGUUCCGCUGAUGGGCUACGCCAACUUGGACCAGACUGCUGGAGGAAUCCACACUCGCCUGUUCAGCCGAGCCUUUAUUGUGGGCGACGGGAGCAGGCGGGUGGUGUUUGUGAGCGCGGACAUAGGGAUGGUCUCUCAGAGGCUGCGGCUGGAGGUACUGAAGGAGCUCACGGCCAAAUAUGGUGACCUUUACAGACAGGAUAACGUGGUCCUGAGUGGGACACAUACGCACUCUGGCCCGGCUGGGUACUUCCAGUACACAUUGUUCAUGAUUACCAGCAAAGGCUAUAUAAAGCCCUCUAUCGAAGCCCUCGUCAACGGCAUUGUGAAGAGCAUCGACAGGGCUCACCGAAACAUGAAGCCUGGGAGAAUCUUCAUGAACAAAGGGGAAAUCCAAGGGAGUAACCUGAAUAGAAGUCCACAGGCAUACCUGAAUAACCCUGCAGAGGAGCGUGGCAGGUAUAAAUCCAACACUGACAACCAGAUUGUUGUUCUGAAGUUUACAGAUAUGGAUGGGGAUGGACUGGGAGCUCUCAGCUGGUUUGCUGUUCAUUCUGUCAGUAUGAACUUAACCAAUCGGAUGGUGAGUUCGGACAACCUGGGGUACGCCUCCUACCUGUUUGAGCAAGAGAAAAAUCCUAAUUCCCUACCUGGAGAGGGGCCUUUUGUGGCAGCCUUCUCCUCUAGCAAUGAGGGAGACGUUACUCCAAACACCAAAGGUCCUUACUGUGUCAACACGGGAGAGUCAUGUGACUAUCUCAACAGUUCCUGUCCUGUUGGUGGAACUAAGAUGUGCGUCGCCCUGGGUCCAGGAAAGGACAUGUUUGAAAGCACAAGGAUUGUUGGAGAAAGCAUGUACAAUAAGGCAAAGGAACUGUACAGGAACAUGCAACAGGAAUUGCACGGGACUGUCUAUGGGGCCCAUCAGUGGGUUAAUAUGUCAGAUGUUAUGGUUCAGAUCAACACCACGCACACCGGUAGAACCUGCAAACCUGCUCUGGGGUACAGCUUCGCAGGUGGGACCAUCGAUGGAGGUGGUGACCUCAAUUUCACGCAGGGGAUGUUGGAGGGGGAUCCGUUCUGGGACGGCAUCCGAGACGCGCUGCUGGGAGAGCCGUCGAAUGAGACGCGGAAAUGCCACAGUCCCAAACCCAUCCUCUUCAACACUGGAGAGAUGUCGAAGCCUCUUCCAUGGCACCCCGAUAUCGUGGACGUCCAGAUCAUCACCAUCGGCUCCCUUGCUAUCGUGGCCGUACCUGGAGAAAUGACGACAAUGUCAGGAAGAAGGAUCAGGGAGGCAGUGAAGCAGGAAAUGGAGAAGAGCUCCACUUUUGCCGAUGCAGAGGUUGUGAUCGCUGGACUGUCGAAUGUCUAUACGCACUACAUAACCACCUACGAGGAAUAUCAGAUCCAGCGAUACGAGGGGGCGUCCACCAUUUAUGGCCCUCAUACUCUCUCAGCUUAUAUUCAGUGUUACAGAGGUCUGGCCAAGGCCAUCGCUGAGGGUAAGGUUGGUGAGCUGCCUAGGGGUCCUGAGCCCCCAUUCUUUGCAGAGAACCAGCUCAUCUCCCUGUUACCCGGUGUCCGUGUGGACAAAGCGCCCCCCAACACCACGUUCGGGGAUGUCUUGGAGCAGGUUCUGCCGAACUACGGACGGGGGGAGGUUGCGUCUGUGACGUUUGUCAGCGGAAAUCCCCGGAACUCAGGAGACAUGAGGGAGAAGACUUUUGUCACCGUGGAGAAGUAUGACAACAAAACGCAGGUGUGGGAAAUAGUCCAUACAGAUGCCUCCUGGGAGACAAGGUUUCACUGGGCGAAGGGCAAAAAUCAGCUGAGCAACGCCACUGUGGAGUGGCACAUUCCACCUGCCGCUCUGCCCGGAUCCUACCGAAUCCGCCAUUUCGGCCAUUUUAAGACGUCUGUAGGCCUGAAGCCUGUUGUAAAGCCCUAUGAAGGAACGUCAGAUCUGUUCGAGGUCUCCUAGAAGUCGUCGUCUUGAAAGCACUCUUUAGGUAAAAACAUGUACAUUAGUUACGUCGUUUUGCAUCUUGUAAUUCUGAUUAAAAAUAAUGGAAUGUGAAA